GCGGCGACGGGAGAGGCGGGGCCGGCGGCAGCCAGCGAGCGGCGGGACUGAGCCAGGUCAGCUGGGGCCCGCGGGCCGCGCCCCGCCCGCCAUGGACCAGGACUACGAGCGGCGCCUGCUGCGGCAGAUCGUCGUGCAGAAAGAGAACACGGUGCCCUGUGUCUCGGAGCUACGGCGUACGCUGACCCCGGCCAACUCCCCGGUGUCCUCUCCCAGCAAGCACGGCGACCGCUUCAUCCCCUCGCGGGCGGGGGCCAACUGGAGCGUGAACUUCCACCGGAUCAACGAGAACGAGAAGUCUCCCAGCCAAAACCGCAAAGCCAAGGACGCCACGUCGGACAAUGGCAAAGACGGCCUGGCCUACUCCGCGCUGCUCAAGAACGAGCUGCUGGGCGCCGGCAUCGAGAAGGUGCAGGACCCGCAGACGGAGGACCGCAGGCUGCAGCCGUCCACGCCCGAGAAGAAGGGGCUGUUCACGUAUUCCCUCAGCACCAAGCGCUCGAGCCCCGACGACGCCAACGACGUGUCGCCCUACUCCCUGUCCCCCGUCAGCACCAAGAGCCAGAAGCUGCUCCGGUCCCCGCGGAAGCCGGCGCGCAAGAUCUCCAAGAUCCCGUUCAAGGUGCUGGACGCGCCCGAGCUGCAGGACGACUUCUACCUGAACCUGGUGGACUGGUCGGCGCUCAACGUGCUGAGCGUGGGGCUGGGCACGUGCGUGUACCUGUGGAGCGCCUGCACCAGCCAGGUGACGCGGCUCUGCGACCUGUCGGUGGAGGGCGACUCGGUCACCUCCGUGGGCUGGUCCGAGCGGGGGAACCUGGUGGCUGUGGGCACGCACAAGGGCUUCGUGCAGAUUUGGGACGCGGCCGCGGGCAAGAAGCUGUCGGUGCUGGAGGGGCACACGGCGCGCGUGGGCGCGCUGGCCUGGAACGCCGAGCAGCUGUCGUCGGGCAGCCGCGACCGCGUGAUCCUGCAGCGCGACAUCCGCAGCCCCCCGCUGCAGGCCGAGCGGCGGCUGCAGGGCCACCGGCAGGAGGUGUGCGGCCUCAAGUGGUCCACGGACCACCAGCUGCUGGCCUCAGGCGGCAACGACAACAAGCUGCUGGUCUGGAACCACUCGAGCCUGGCGCCCGUGCAGCAGUACACUGAGCACCUGGCCGCGGUGAAAGCCAUCUCCUGGUCGCCGCACCAGCACGGGCUGCUGGCGUCGGGCGGCGGCACGGCCGACCGCUGCAUCCGCUUCUGGAACACGCUCACGGGCCAGCCGCUGCAGUGCAUCGACACGGGCUCCCAGGUGUGCAACCUGGCCUGGUCCAAGCACGCCAACGAGCUGGUGAGCACGCACGGCUACUCCCAGAACCAGAUCCUCGUCUGGAAGUAUCCGUCGCUGACCCAGGUGGCCAAGCUCACCGGGCACUCGUACCGCGUCCUCUACCUGGCCAUGUCGCCGGACGGGGAGGCCAUCGUCACCGGGGCCGGGGACGAGACGCUGCGCUUCUGGAACGUCUUUAGCAAAACGCGGUCCACCAAGGAGUCCGUGUCCGUCUUGAACCUCUUCACCAGGAUCCGGUAAAGCCGCGGCCGAGGCCCGCACGGACCCGCACGCGCACUCGGCCAGCGCAGCCGGGUGGGGGGAGCUGGCCCCCCGGGACCCCAGGAGCCUCAUUAAACGCCUGAUUGCACCGCGGCCGCCGUGUCUGGGGGGAGCGCGGGCCCCCUGCGGCCACGGCGCGGACCUCGGCGCGUGGACCCCGCCCGCAUCCCGGACGCCCGAGCCGCAGGCGGACGAAGCACUGGACACGCGCGGGGACUCGGGGGCCCGCCCGCGUGAGGCCGGGCGCCUGCGUGUGCGCAUGCGUGUGCGCGAGCCCGGCCGCGGUGACUGCAGGGGGUGGGGCGCGGACCCCCGGUGCGGGGCUGGGCUCUGCGGGCUCCGGGGCGGAGUGCGGGCCCGGGCGCCCCGGGAGCGGACGGGGGCGCCGGUGCUCGCGGGGUUUUAUUUACAUCUCUGUGGUGAAAUACACUGACACGCA